GUUUUAUUCCCCCUGGAACUAAAUCCAUCAAAUGUCCUCACUCUGGGCUGCCAACAAGAGCCAGGUUUGAGUAGUCACGAUGCCUUAUUUUCUCAUUUUCCAUCCAGCAAAGUGAGAGUCGGACAGAGGUUGACAUGCGUGGGCCAAAAGAACAGCGACGCUCGAGCCCUGACGGGGACACGCUAGAUGGUGGUGGAAGAGAAAGUGAGAGGAAAGAGGAGGAGGAGGAGGCGCCAGGAGGGGAGCAGUGUGUGAUCCCUGAUGAGGAUUUUGAUACAGAUCUGGAGCUUGAAGAUAUGGAGGAGACGUAUGACCCCACAGGACAGACGUGCUACAUGGAGGCAUGCGACAAGUUACAGGUGGUACCUGCCUCUUAUUUCCUGCGACACAUGCAUAGUAAUGAGCUGUCCAUGGCACAUCGAAAUCUGGGGCCGAAGGGCACCAAAGCGCUGGCGGUUCCCCUGGUAACCAACACUUCAAUACUGAAGCUGAACCUGCGGGAUAAUUGGAUGGAAGGAAUGGGCGGAGCUGCUAUAGCCGAGAUGCUAAAGGAAAAUUGUUACAUUACAGAGGUGGACUUAUCUGACAACAGACUUGGGGAUCAUGGGGCCCAAGCCAUAGCUGGUAUGUUAAAGGAGAACAACACCCUCAUCAGCCUCAACCUGUCAGGAAACUACUUUACAGACCGGUCCGCUGAAGACCUGGGUCCGGCUCUGGUCACCAAUGCCAAGCUACAGCACCUGGACCUCAGCCACAACGCUCUGGGAGACUGUGCAGGGCAAAUCCUUGGAGAGUCUGUGUCCGAGAAUACCGGGCUGAUAUCUCUAAGUCUGGCUUGGAACUGCAUUCGAGGGAGAGGAGCAGUAAUGUUAGCCAACGGUCUGGGGGGAAACAUCUUCCUGAGGAAAGUGGAUCUGUCAUUUAAUGGCUUUGGGAAAGAAGGAGCCAUUGCUUUAGGACAGGCACUUAAAGACAACAAUGUCUUGGAGGAGCUAAAUGUCAGUAAUAACCGAAUACCCCCUGAAGGAGCCGUCCGCCUCGCCAUGGGCCUCAAAGCAAACAAGACAAUCAAAGCCCUGAGUAUAGGGAAGAACCCCAUCCAAACUGCAGGGUGCUAUGGGAUCCUCAAGUCUAUACAGGAGAACCCAGAUUCAGCCAUGGAGACAUUAGAUUUUUCGGACAUCACAGUAAACCAGGAUUUUGAAGAACUGCAUGCAUCCAUGAAAGAAAUACUCCCUGCGCUUGUAGUAAAACACGGGGGCAGAAUUGGCACGUUGAAGAAAGCAAAAGCUUGAAAAGUGUCGGUGUAAUUGCUGUAUUUGUACUAUGCCAAAACAGAUGGAAGAAGCAAAGCAAAGUUUCCACUGACAGAUGAAUUAAAAGAUGGUUGCCUGCAAGGAUAAAGUGCCGUUUUGUUUUUGUUUUUUUUUCUUUAAAUAAUGAAAAUGUAUUUAAUGAAUGACAUGUAUAUGAAAUAAACACAGACUGUUAAACACCCAAUUAACUGGAAUUAAGAGACAGAUGACAUUUUCACAAGAAAACAGGUGCUCGGUGUACAUAUGCAGCAUGUGUGAAGUGCUUUAAGUAUAACAUUACUGAAGUCAUUGAACACCAGCAUAUGAUGCAGGUAUUGAGUAUGAUUCUUUUUAGGUAGCUAUGAUCUGAUUUGUUGUUAUAUAAUGUCAGUGGGUAGAGUGAUGGAGAGGAUCAGAGAGCACCACAUUGUGUAUGAAAAGAAGUGAAAGUGGGUGCACAAAAAGGAUUUAAGUACUACAUGACCAGUCUAAUAGAGAAACAAGCAUGAAAAGACCUGUUCACUCUUAGAUAAGAGAUGUGUUUACAGUGGGAGUACAAUCACAUUUAACGAUAUUUUUUAUUUCAUCAUUUUUUUCCCCUCUUUCAUCUCCUUUUUAAUCUUUUAUACACAGAGUUGGAAGUAAACCAGACCAGCUACAUCAAGUAAAUAAAAGUUAAACUAAAUAAACCCCUCCUAC